AUGACUGCAUGGUUUCCGUCAGGAAGAAAUGAUUCAGUGGGCUGGCGGUUUAAUGCCGUCGGCCUUCUAGCCGUUAUUGGGGAAUCAUCAAUAGCGCCCCACGUAUUCGCCUUGACGUCUUCGUGGCUUUGUCUGCUCCCUCGCUUGAUUCCUGCACCACAGGCGAUGCUCAAGCCUUCCAGACCGACACGUUUUCCAGCAGUACCUGCCAACGUUGUUGGUGUACACUCAGGAACAAGAGUCGGUGAGCUGAAUUUUUAUGCCGACCUCAUCCAUCAAAUUGGGACCCUGAAACCCUACGAGUUCCAUGAAUAUAGCAUCAGGCGUGCCUCAGAAUACACAAGUUCUGUUGAGGAACAAAUACCUCCAGCUGUUAUGUCGAUGCGCACUGUCUCACCGCUGGAUAUCCUCGCCGCUGGAUCCUGCGUCUUAACAGUAGGCUUACUUUUUUGGGCUUGUCUAAUCCAAGAUGGUGUUGCCAUCAUUGCCCUUGCAGCAAUGGCAUUCGCGUCGGUACUUGUUGGUCUAGCCCGGUGGCAUCGUCCACAACUUUCGAUCCGCCCGACGGACACUGUUGUCCCUGACGGAGACAUCAUUAUUCGCACCCGUGAAGGGGCCUUUAUUGUUGUGAAAUGCUCUGAGGAGAUCGCAAGAGAGCUCUACACGGGAACCGAGGAGGCGAAGUAUUUUAUUGGUGAUCGAGUCUUCAAGCUUGUUAUGGGUGCAGGAACCGUGGCUUUAAUGGUGGCUGUGGUGCUUCUCGGGAAUUGCAGUUGGACCAUGCAAGUUGCAAUUGGAACAGCAUAUCUUUUUCUGAAUGGCGCCUACUGGAUUGUUGCACUAUUCCCUAAAACCUGGAUCUGGGAUAUCUCUCCUUACGAGAUCAACGAGACGACACCACCGGGUCGAGAAAAUGCCCAUAGACAGGGGACUGGUAGCAUGAUACCAAGUUAUACACGAACCUUGUGGUGCGCUAUACAGUCAACGAAGCAAACGAGUUGGAUUCCUAUCAGCGGAGCGGCACCAGAAACUGCAGCCUGGAAAGAGUGGGAAAGGCUAGCUUAUGCCAAUAGUGUCAAUCCCGACUGGGAUGCUGUCGGUGAAAAGGACAGACUGAUGCGGGAAUUCAGAGAAAGAGAAUAUCAGCAAUAUGGAAGAGAGCAUGAUUUCACUGCUGCCAACAACGCCCCCCUACUGUACCGCUCCGUCGGGAAACGUUGUGAUCAAAUUCAUCAUUGCCCUACAAAGCAUUGA